AUUAAAAAAAAUUUGUCUGUUUUGUUUUCUUGUGGUUUUUUCGUUUUAUAUUUAUUUAUUUAUUUAACAAACUAAGGUUCAAUAAGAAACAAAAUUAUAGGUUUUUAGUGGCAUUAAAAUAAUAACAGAGGUGAACAAAAACUAGCUAAGAAUCAAAUAUGGCUGGUUAUUUUGAAGAGAUGGGAUGGACGGAAUUAGCAGAUGGAGAGCAACCAAAUCAUUUACUUCACAUGGCUAGAUUCCUGAUUGAUUUUGGAAUGUAUGAGGACAACUUUUCAGGAGAAUGGCCAAGGCUACCACCUCCUGCUUCUAAAGAAACUGUAAAAAAUUUGCCAGAGAUUACAAUAGAAGAUGAUGAUUCAAGUUGUCCCAUCUGCCUGAAAAACUUUCAGUCUGGUGAUAAGGCGAAAAAGAUGCCAUGUCUUCACUUAUUCCAUUCCACAUGUAUUUUGAAAUGGUUAGAAAGGACAAAUUCGUGUCCUUUUUGUCGGUUUGAAUUACCAACUGAUAAUGAAGGUUAUGAAGCCUUCAAGAAAGAAAAGAAGCGAGCAGAGCAAAGAAAAGAAGAUUUAGACACAUUACAUAAUUCAAUGUUUAGUUGAUGUUUUUAUUUUUAAAAUUUCAUGUAUUGGAUUUUAUUUAAAAAAACUACCUAUAAUAUGCAGUUUCAUGUAUUUGGUGGUAUGUUGUUUAUGUAGGGAAAAUUUUAAGAUUAUUCUUAUAUGUUUUUUAGCUAGUAAUUUACAUUCCAAAUAUGUAUUAAAUAUUAUUUUUACCACUAGAA